AUGACGUAAAGCGGCCUCCACGUCGUCCGGGCGGCCAAGAUGGCGGCGGCGGAGGGGAGCGGGGCUGGCGGGACCCUGUUCCCAGGUCUGGCAGAUGUGUCGAUAUCCCAGGAUAUUCCAGUGGAAGGAGAGAUCACUGUCCCUGUGGGAUCUCACUCUCCUGAUGAGGAUUACUCCACACUGGAUGAGCCAGUCAAGGACACAAUUAUGAGGGACCUGAAGGCUGUUGGGAAGAAGUUUGUCCAUGUUAUGUAUCCCAAGAAGAGCAGCGCACUCCUCAGGGACUGGGAUCUGUGGGGCCCGUUGGUUCUGUGUGUCUCCCUGGCUCUGAUGCUGCAGGGUGGCUCUGCAGACAGCAAGGAUGAUGGAGGGCCCCAGUUUGCCGAGGUCUUUGUCAUCAUCUGGUUUGGGGCCGUUGUCAUCACACUCAACUCAAAGCUUCUGGGAGGGACCAUCUCCUUCUUCCAGAGCCUGUGUGUGCUGGGGUACUGCGUGAUGCCGCUGACCGUGGCCAUGCUGGUGUGCAGGCUGGUGCUGCUGGCGGGCGCGGGCACCGUCAGCUUCAUCAUCCGCCUCAUCGUGGUGGGGGCCAUGUUCGGCUGGUCCACCUUGGCAUCCACGGCGUUCCUGGCUGACAGCCAGCCCCCCAACCGCAAGGCACUCGUCGUGUACCCCAUCUUCCUCUUCUACUUUGUCAUCAGCUGGAUGAUCCUGACCUUCACCCCCCAGUGAGCACCAUCCCGAGGGACUGGUACACAGACUGGACUUUUUCAUGGACGCUGCAGUGAAUCCUUGGCUUUAUCUCUUUCUAAUUUAUAUAUAGGGAUACUGUAAAAAGGCAGGUUGUGGGAUAAAGCCAGAGAGCUGCAAAAAGUGCUCAUUUGUGUGUCCCUCUUUGUGAAAGAUAACUGAGGUCCAGCUGCUGAGGGGUUUAUUUAGCCCUGUUCUGUACUGGUGUUAAAUAAACAAUGCCCACUGGGACAGGGAUUGUUCCAUCUGAGUAGAGAGCGGGAGAUCCUGGAUUUUCAAGCUGCUGGGAGAUGAAGUUUGCACGACUUGGCAGAUUUCCUGCCUGUGCUUGGAUUCUCACUGAAGAUAAAAAUGCCUUAUCAAACCACAGAACUUCACUGCAAUGUUGUGUGGAGAGGAAAGAGACAUGUCUGACUCGUUUUCAUCCCCUUGUAGAGUGGUGGGGUGCACAGCCAGGGCAUUGUGGGACUGGGGCUUUCCCAGGAAAGGAGAGUUCAGUCAAAACUCAGUUGGGUUGGAACGAGCUGGUGGCAGGGAGUUUCUUUUGUGUAUAUCUGUGUGUUGUGUGUGUCCAUCCCAUCAUGUGGCAGGAAAGAGGGUUCCAGCUUGGUGCCUUCAGCGCUGCAUCCAUGAGGGGACUGUGGGCUCGCUGCAAGUUACGGACCUGUGACCACAGGGAGCAAAGCUCAGAGUCCUGCAGAAAUGCUGAGACUGCUUUGUAGCAGGGACUGGGCUCUCACUCUGCAUUUGGGAAGCAAAGAUUCCUUGGAAAGUACCAUGAAUGUGUAUGUAUGAUAAAAAAAAGGGGCUCUGUGCAGGACAUUGAGGUUUUGCUGCACAGGCUGUUUGGGUCUGAAAAACCAUACCAGGGCUUGGGCUCCAAAGUGUUAAAACAGCUCGAAGGAGGGGAAGUAAAUGGUACUAGAGGUGUUGGCUGUUCUGAAGCAGGAUGUGAAUUCUGCUCUCACCUUCCUCUGUGUGAUUGUUCCUUUGGUUGUUCAUGGGGUCAGCAAAGAAAUGUGUACAAAUGUGCAUUUUGUUCCCUUGUACUUCCCAUGAGAUGUCAGACGCUGUUCUGUGGAUUGUCUUGCGGGGUUUUAAUUUUGCUUAAUACUUUAAUAGAAGGGAAGAGGCUCCUCCAGUCACUGCAGGUGCAUUGUGUACCUCUCCUGGCUACAGGUGUGCAAGAGUCAGGUGUAUCUUGGCACAGACAUUGGGAGCUGGGACUUGCUUUUGGAAACUACAGAAAUGAUUCAUGUUGUCUGUUGUUCUCAGUCAGCAAUCCAUGAAAUAUCUGAGGUGAAAAAGCUGCUGUAAAAUGUCCUUUUUCCUACAUUUGUGCAGACAGACUGAGGUCUGUGUGUUCUGCUGAGAUGUGAAUGUCCCUAAUUUCUAGUUAUAUGUGCAAGAGCAGUCUGUGCUGUAAACACUGGCAGUGGGUGGGAGUUGGGAUGGAAAUUGCUGAAUUUCAGAUUAAAAGUGCAUUUUUGCAUUUGUGGAUAACGAGCUGCUGCAUGUGGCAGGGUCUGCCUGUGGCACCAAGGGGCUGGAGGGGAGCUGUGCUGGUUCAUAGACAUGGGAAACAUGGAAAGGGGAAUUUUUAAAUUUCCAUUAAAUUAUUGCUGGUAUGGAAUGUG